GAGCUCUGUCGUGUGUCCUCCUCUGUGCUGCUCUCCUCCUCCUCCGUCUCCUCCGCUAGCUUAGCCUGCUAGCUGGCAGCUCAGGUAAACAUGGCCAUGUCGCAGGCUCUGUCAGAGGAGGAGUUCCACCGGAUGCAGGCUCAGCUGUUGGAGCUUCGGACUCAGAACUACCAGCUGUCUGAUGAUCUCAGGAAGAACUCUGCUGAACUGAACGCCGUCCGUCAGAAGAAUGUGGUUCUGGAGAGAGAUUUUGUCAAAGCACAGAAGGCUUUGAAUAAGAGCAAAAAAGCUCAGGAGGUGGAGGCGCUGCUGAGUGAGAAUGAGAUGCUUCAGGGGAAACUCCACAGUCAGGAGGAAGACUUCAGACUACAGAACAGCACGCUGAUGACUGAACUCUCAAAGCUGUGUACGCAGAUCGAGCAGCUGGAACAGGAGAACCAGGGCCUGAAGGAUGGAGGAGCAGCCUCUGCGUCCACCCCACCACCCAACCCCGCCUCCAGUCCUGUCGAUGGAGAGCUGCUCCGCCUACAGGCUGAAAACUCCACCCUGCAGAAGAAACUCAAAGCUCUCCAGGAGCGCUUCGACAAGGAGCUCCAGAGACAGGCGGUCGCCCAGGGCAACCAAAGCGCUACCAUGGAGACAGAAGAGUCCAGCAGUGCCAACGGAGUCUCUGAUGUCACAGGGAGAGGGGAGGAGCCAGCAGCAGAGGGAACCAAUGAGAGACUGGACCAGACGGAGGCUCAGCUGGAACUCACAGAAAAACAGCUCCACGGCCUGUCAGAGAAGAGCGUAGAGAAGAUUGUAGCUAAGCAGGCAGCGCUAGGCUGGUCGGCUGCUCUCUGUCCAAUAACUCACUGCUUUGGACCAGAGCUGGAGAUGGCACUGAACACCGAGCAGGAGGAGAAGAGGCUGCUGAGGGAGCAGGUCCAACACCUGGAGGCGUCCAAACAGGCUGAAAUCACCAAACUGCAGGAAGAGAUAACAAAGCUGUCUGACAAGUUAAAGAAGAAACAGGAGAGUUUUCAGCGUCUGCAGGGAGAGAAGGAGGCUCUGUACAACGACAGCAGGACAAAGAUCGAUGAGAUCAACCAAAGGAAAGAAGAAGAGCUGAAGGCCACAAACAUCCGCAUCCAGAAACUACAGUCAGACGUCAUGGCAGCCAAUCAGCUGACAGCUGAGCUGAGAGAGCAGCUGCAGAGCAAAGAGAAGGAACAUGAACUGGCUCUGCACAACCUGAAAGACCAGGUAGCCAGUCAGAGCGCAGUCAGUCAGGAGCAGGUGGACAACAUCCUGCAGGAGAACGAUGCUCUGAGGACAAACCUAGCUGCUCUAGAACAGAUCCAGACGGUGAAGACGCAGGAGAUGAAUCUGUUGCGUGAGCAGCAGGAUGCGCUGACGGCCGAGCUGCAGCAGAGACGAGCUGAACAGGAGAGUCUGUUGGCUCAGAGGGACGACCUGGACUCCCAGCUGCAGGAGUCGAGUUUCGCCAACAGGAAGUUGUUGGAGCAGUUAACAGAGGAAGGACAAGAGAAGGAGAAACUGCUGAGAGAUCUAGACGAGGCUAAGAAGACAGCAGAGAAGAGGAAGGCCAUGUUGGACGACAUGGCCAUCCAGCUGAACCAGGAGAAGUCCGACCACAAGGAGGCGCUGUCAGACCUCAAGCUGCAGCAUGAGAAGGAGGUCCUUGGGGUGAGGGCUCGUUAUGAGAAGGAGCUCAGAGGACUCCAUGAAGACAAGAAUCGCUCAGAGGAGGAGAUCCGACAGCAGCUCAGAGAUGAAAAGGCUCGGACGAAGGAGCUGGAGGGUCUCCAGCAGCGGGUGGAGGAGCUGCAGGCUCAGGUUCUGUCCAUGGAGGGAACCAAAGGAUGGUUUGAGAGACGACUGAAGGAGGCCGAGGAGAACAUUGAGAAGAACUCUCUUGAGCAUCAGGAGGAGAUCCAACGGCUGCAGAAAGAACACACACUCCAGCUGGAGGAGAGGCAGUCAGAGAUGGAGGGGGUGAAGCAGCAGCUGGUGGAGGUGGAGAAACAGAAGGAGGAACACAACGACACCAUCGGAAAACUCAAACAGGAGAUCAAAGACACCGUGGACGGUCAGAGGAUUCUAGAAAAGAAGGGAAGUGCGGCGCUGAAGGACUUGAAGCGGCAGCUGCAGCUGGAGAGGAAGAGAGCCGACAAACUUCAGGAGAGACUCCAGGAAAUACUGACCAACAGCAAGACUAGGACAGGUCUGGAGGAACUGGUCCUGUCAGAGAUCAACAGUCCCAGUCGGACUCAGCAGACCGGAGACUCGUCCUCUGUCUCCUCCUUCUCCUACAGAGACAUGAUGAAGGAGGCUCAGCCGACCAAUCAGAACAAGUCUGGAGGAGGCAGCCCUCAGUCUCAGCGUCCUGCUGAAUUAUCUGAUGACGAGGUCGGGGAGUUGUUCCAGCGACUCGCUGAGGUUCAGCAGGAGAAAUGGAUGCUGGAGGAGAAGGUGAAACAUCUGGAGGUGAGCUGUUCGUCCAUGGCUGAAGAUAUCUGCAGGAAGAGCGCCAUCAUAGAGACCUACGUGAUGGACAGCCGCAUAGAUGUGUCGGGCAGUGCAGUCGGAGGUCACGGAGGCUCUCAGGGGGACAGAGGAGGUCUGGGUUCGGUCCUCAGAGAUCUGGUUAAACCAGGAGACGAGAAUUUGAGAGAGAUGAACAAGAAGCUGCAGAACAUGUUGGAGGAGCAGCUGACCAAGAACAUGCACCUGCAGAAGGACCUGGAGGUUUUGUCCCAGGAAUUAGUCCGUCUCAGUAAAGAGAGCAGUCCUGGUGGCAGUGCAGCCGGAUCGGGAUGAGUUUAUCACCUGGAUCCAUCCGUCCAUUUCCUUCCUUCUCACUACUAUUAUCCGCCUCAGCUGGAAGGUGUGGGCUGGGCUCAGACUAACACCUGGAACCAACAUUUCUUCCUUCUCCCACUUCCUGCUUUCAUGACGCCAGACCUGCUGUGGGCUUCAGCUACUGUCUGGAACCGCAGUGAUUUCACCAUCUCAGUCUGCCUGUUGGGCUACGACUAAAUGCUGGACUCUGUUGUUUCUGAAUGAAGAGAAGAAACAGUAAGUUCUUGCGUCGAAACUACACACCAGAGGGAAUAGAAAGUCGGGCUCAGUUUAUUUAUGUUGCUACUGAAUGUACUGUAAUUAGACUGCACCACUCAGUUCCUCUGAGACCUGGCUACAACCUGGAACACAUACAUUGUAACAGACUUAUGAUUUGUAUUGUAACGACUGUAAAUCUUUACUGUCACCGCUUUCUGUGUCCGUCUGUCGGGUCCUGGCUAUGUCCUGGAAUACACUUUAACUGAAUGAAUGACUAACCUUAUUGGUUUCUAUGUGCAGUAACUCUGUUGUGAUCUGGCUAUUUCCUGAGCUUCCUGUCUGCAACAGAAUACGUCAGUACUGAACACAGUGGGGUCUGUCUAUAACCUGGAUCAUCGGAGAAGUUUUUAUUGAGCUUUAAGAUUAAUUCCUGGAAACAGACGUUUGACGAAAACACAAGGAUUCAUUUAUUCCCGGAGCUUUCAGCCACGUCUCAUGAGCUUCAUGAUUUCCUUUGUUGUGGUCAGGUGAUGAUGAAUCAUCUCUGUGACGACUGAGCCAAGAUCUGAGGUCAGACACAUCAUCCAUGUGCGAGCGCAGAAACCCUGCGAACGCCUUUUCCUGCACAUUAUAAACGAAGAGUGUUCACACAUCACGCAGACGUCAGCGUUCACACGGUUUCAGCAGCGAGAUGAUGAGGACGAGAUUAAACUUCAGUUCAGAGACAGAAAACUGUUUUUAGGUUCUUUCCCAGUUUAACUGAUGGUGUUAAUUGUUGUCAGGCUGCGCAGCAAUCUAUUAAAUGUCAAAGUGUAUUUAUAAAAGUUAAUUUUAAAUGUUAUGUGAGUGAUUAAUGUUCAUCAUCAGGGCGGUACCCGACUCAGAAUCAGACUUGACUGAAUCGUCGUACACAAGGUGUCAUACAUCUGACAGAAAGAAUGCGUCUGCAUGUCUCUGUAUCUGAGCGUCAACACAGUUUCAGUCAUGAAUCUACAGUUUUAUUGUCUGUCCCCAGCUGUUGAUGAAGUCCAUGAGAUGUAACUGAAAGCUCCAAGAAAAAUAAGUUGACCUUUUUUUCAGGAGGUUUUUAUGUCGUCCAAAGUAACAGAAGUUUAAUUUAAGUGACCGUUCAGCCGGUAAAUGUGGUCGAGGGUCAGGAGAGAGAGAAACUGCGUUCGAAUCCAAAGUGUGGAAGAUGAAGUGAACAGCGGGCGUCACACAUGGGGGGGGGGGACGACAUGAUGGUGUUUAAAGAUGGAGGACAUUUCUGUCAAAAUCACAUCCUCUCUCCUGAAAGAACAUUUGUGUUUCCCAGGAUGGCGAAGGCUUGACUGGCCCUACUCUGCCUCUGAUUGGCUCAGGGCUCAUUUAGGGGCCGUACACAUGCUGCGUCUUUUCUGCCCUUCAGCGUCACCACCCUCAAACUUCCAUGCGUCCUUUAUGAUGUCAUAGAUACAGCCAAUAGAUGGCACCAGAGGGCGGAGUCAAAGGUUUCACAUGGUAACAAUCCAGGUGACGGUGGAGGAGGUCGUGAUAAUGUACCUUCAAACGGAGGCAGAGUUGUAGACGGCGAUGGUCUGUGAAGUCUUUGAAUACAUCACAACAUUUGGACAGAGAAUUUUUUUUUACUCAUUAUUAAAUUUGGUCUUCAUGUCUCGCUUGAGCUACGCUUCACUGCCUCCACGAUCUCUGAUGGUUCUGCUCUGUUUCGUAUGUACCCACAAGUUUUUUAAGAAAAUGAGCACGAACACAGACGAGAUGAACGCAGAGAACAGACAGAAAGCUCCGUCUGUCUCCGUCUCUGUCUCAGUAUCUAAUGUUGAGCGGAAAUGAGCCCUCAAAUGUGGGCGGGUUGUUUCCGUCCAGCACUGGCUCUAUUUCCUCAUCAGAUGGAAGUCUGCACCUGGUUUAUCGUCCACAGAACGAGGCAUUUUGAAAACAAAAUAUAACGGGCUGCAGUGAGAGUCUCUCUAUGGGAUAUUUAAAAACCACAGGUGUGUGCGUUGAGUUCCUGUCAGGCAGGAGGCGGGGUUUAAUCGUGGCGGCGUGCACAGGAACAAUGCUCCACUAUGAUUUUUCUCCAGUUGAGGAUUACAAUCUGUGCUGGUUUUAAUUCAGCAUUGAGUAUUAAUCAGCCGUCACCCUGGCCAGUCCCUCUCCUCUCACCGAACCCGACCAAUCCAACCAACCAUGGCAGUGAGUACCAGCCAAUCAGAGCAAGAGUAGAUGGGUCAUUGUCAUUGCUAUCCUUGGAAACGCAAAUUCACCUUUUGCAAUAAAUUCAUAGCUUCGACCCCCGCUGGUCACAUCAUGAUGCUGUGUGAAGAAUAAAUAAAGAGACAUGUCUGUUUCAACGACCUGUUCACGACGAACGUCAGGGCGAUGUGACGGAGCAAUCAGAAGAACGUUAAAUUAUCAGAAAGUUCUGUCGACAUUAAAAACUCUCGCACUCUGCUACGUCUCAUCUUCUCUCAAACUCAUUUCAUCAGAGUGUGUUUGUCGGCCGUGGCUAUGUCAUGGAGCACAAACAGGCUGUACUCAUGUUAACAGACUAAAUGUUAACGUUUUUUUUUUUUCUGUUUGUGUUGGGCCAUGGUUAUUUCCUGGAAAAAACACCUGUCGUUCCCUGCAGAGUUGAGUUUUUGCGGCCCGGCUACGAUGUGGGACGAUUGUGCAUCCCGUCUUUUAUUUAUAACUUUUCACUUUACUGGGAUGUUUAAUUCCUUGUGGAAAUGCAUCUGCAUCUCUCGUUACAGAGUGUGUCUCAUUAAACUGUGGCACGGACGUCAAAUGGGUCAGACUAUUUGCUGGUUGUUACAGAACGCUUUAAUCCUCCUCAUUUGAGAGUUUUAUUCAAAAGAUAAUUUAGUGAUUUCAUUGGUUUAUUUUGAAAUUUAAAAAAGAAAUGCAUGAAAACAGGAAACAACUUUUAAGAUCUGCACUUUGAGUCUGUUUCAGAUUAAAACAUAAAAUGAGUCAAAGCAGUUAAAACAAUCUUUUCUUACUUUAGUAAAUGUCUUGAUGUUGCCUUCACUUCCUCCCGGACAUUCAGUUCAGCCUGAGAUGCAGAAUGGCUCGAUGAAAACUAAAAUGUUUGUCUCUUUGCUUUUUGAUAAUUCAGCUUUUUAUCUCCAGGGCUGUGUCUAAUUCUUGGAUCACAUGGACUGUAAUUUGUCUUGCACUAUUAUUUUAUUUUGUGUGACUUAUCUCCAUCCGUACUGGGGACACCAAAUGGUGCAGAAAAACAAGUGUAACUGUCAGCUUUGGCUGCGGGCUGGGUCUACUUCCUGCUUCAAACAGCAUAUCUUAUUUUUAUUCUGACUGUCUCUUUAAAUCUGUUUCUGUGACACUGUCAGAAAAAUAAUGUUGAACUUUUGACAGGAAGUGAAACUCAAGCACUUCCUGUCUGCUCUGCCUUUGUUUAUUCUCUUUUUUUUUGUUUUUGCUACGUGGCCCCUGACUACGUCCUGGACUGAACCUCUGGCACAGGCUGCUUCUGGUGACCGGGCUCUGACUGUCUCCUGGACAUAAUGCUUGUGGCAGUCUGUGUUUUAUGCUGUAACUGCCUGUAACAUCUCUGCUUUAUUUUUGGUUUGUAAAAAAAAGAAUAUCCAAAUUUCAGUCUGAUGUAAAGACGUUAAAAUGUGAGAGACGUCGUCGACUGUUUGCGGUGCAGCUUCACGUGUUUAAGGAAACAGACCUCAGAUCCUUCACACCAAACUUAGUGGCAUUAUUACACAUGAUUGAAAAGAUGUGAGAACAGCAGGACGUCACAGUAUCGAAGAUAAAUCUCAUUAUAAAGAUAAAAAUAUUAACAGUAGUCAUAGAGUUGCCGAGCUGCACUGAAAACACACUGAUGUUUUCUCUCGGUCCGUCACUGGCUCAGACUGACUGAGCGGGAUCGGUCUAUGUGCUGGGCAGUGACGUGGCCUGUUGCUUUGUUUUGUUUGUAAUGUUUAAAUCUGUAUAUAUCUACACGCUGUGACAUGACUUCUAACUGUAUGAAGAAUCAACUGAUGUAUUUAUGACACUGAUGAUGAUCAUGACGCUAAUUAUUGUAACAUGGAGAACAUAUGAUAAAAUAUUGUCUGAAGACGA